GAACGUGGCUGUCCCGGCUGUCACAACUGUCUCCCAAUCAAACGAAGCGUAAGAGUCUGAAAUGUAAGUGUGGUAGGAGUAGGUUAGAGUUAGACACUCCAAGUUAAACCACAUCGAAUCAAGCACUUGCGAGCUAGGACUAUAUAGCCAAGACGAGUGAUCUCGCUCGCUAACCGGCGCUAGCUAGCUAGUGAACACGCCACCACCACCGUAAGCGUCGGCGCGCGAUGCCUGGAAGCAUAGCCAGCAGGUGGCGCGAGCUCCAUGGCAAGGACUCGUGGAAAGGCCUGCUGGACCCGCUCGACAUGGACCUCCGAGCGUCCGUCAUCGCCUACGGCGAGCUCGCGCAGGCCACCUACGACGGGUUCAACACGGAGGCGCGGUCGCCGCACGCGGGCGCGUGCUUGUACGGCCACGCUGACCUGCUGGCCGCCAGCGACAGCGCCGGCGGCGGCGCGGGCGGCAUCAGCGACCGGUACAGGGUGACCAAGUUCGUGUACGCCACGUCGGGGCUGCACGUGCCCGACGCGUUCCUGCUCCUGCCGCAGCCGGCGCUGGGGCAGCAGGAGCCGUGGUGCAGGGAGUCCAACUGGAUGGGCUACGUGGCGGUGGCCACGGACGAGGGCGCCGCCGCGCUGGGGCGGCGCGACGUCGUGGUGGCGUGGCGCGGGACGGUGCGGAGCCUGGAGUGGGUGAACGACCUGGACUUCACGCCCGUGCCCGCCGCGCCCGUGCUGGGCUCCGCGGCCGCCGCGCACCCGCGCGCCAUGGUGCACGGGGGCUUCCUGUCGCUCUACACGUCCAGCAACGCCAGCUCCAAGUACAACAAGCUCAGCGCUAGAGACCAGGUUCUUGAGGAGGUCAGGAGGCUGAUGGAGCUGUACAAGGACGAGGAGACGAGCAUCAGCGUCACCGGGCACAGCCUCGGCGCGUCGCUCGCCACGCUCAACGCCGUGGACAUGGUCGCCAACGGCGUGAACGCGCCCGGCGCCGCCACCGCCACCGGCACCAGCGGCGGCUCCUCUUCCUCUCCCGCGCAGCCGCAGCCGCAGCGGGCGGGCUGCCCGGUGACGGCCAUCGUGUUCGCGAGCCCACGCGUGGGGGGUCCCUUCUUCAAGGCCGCCUUCGCCUCGUUCGCGGACCUGAGGGCGCUGCACGUGCGGAACAAGGGCGACGUGGUGCCGCUCUACCCGCCGCUGGGGUACGUGGACGUGGCCGUGCCGCUGCCCAUCCACACGGCGCGCUCGCCGUGGCUGCGCCGGCCGGGCACGCCGCAGACGCUCCACAACCUCGAGUGCUACCUGCACGGCGUGGCCGGCGAGCAGGGCGCCGCCGGAGGGUUCAGGCUGGAGGUGGGGCGCGACGUGGCGCUCGUCAACAAGGGCGCCGACGCGCUCAGGGACGAGUACCCCGUGCCGGCCAGGUGGCGGGUGGCCCUCAACAAGGGCAUGGUCAGGGGCGCAGACGGCCGGUGGGCCCUCAAGGACUUCGAGCACAUCUGAUUAUUCAGCUUUUUGUUAACAAAAAAGCUGCCUCUGCAUUGCAUGGCUCAUCAUGCACGCCUUUUUCGAGUGUGAUUCAGCGCUACAGAUGCUCGUUUGUUAUUGAGACUUUUUAACUUACUGUGCGCUACAGAUAUGUGGCAUUUUUAUUUUUAUACAUAUGUCUGAUCUUGUCAUCUGGGGGGAAAUAAGAAAUGCGAUUGAAUUGUCGUUGGAUUUUA